GAGCCGCCGGUGGCAGGCCCCCAGCGACCUCUACAGCGCUGCGUUUUUCCAGCAGUCUCACUCCCUCUACCGUAUUCUCUGGGAAUUGGUGUCUGACGCGGCUGCUCUGCACAUUAUUUAUUUAUUUCCUCUUCCUCCCGCCCAGACCCUCCUGUCAGGAGAGCUGCAGCCCAGACGGAGACAGGCAGGAAGCUACCGGGACACAGGAGGCAGAGGACAGAAGGAGGACCUCUCAGAAGCCCCCACCCAGUACAUCAAGCUCAUCAAGUCUCCAGGUGGCCAUGAGCACCAGGCAGGAGACCAGAAGAGAGGGGGGAGACUCCAGCAGGCGGGGACAGGGGGCAGAGCUUCGGGACCGAGCCCACCUGAGCCAGCAGCGCCGGCUCAAACAGGCCACCCAGUUCCUGCACAAGGACUCCGCCGACCUGCUGCCCCUGGACAGCCUCAAGAGGCUGGGCACCUCCAAGGACUUGCAGCCGCACAGCGUGAUCCAAAGACGCCUGUUAGAAGGAAACCAGAGUCGGAGUCAGGGGGAGUCUCCCCUGGUGCAGGCCCUGAUGCAUGGCCAGGAGAACAGGAGGAAGACUAACACGCCAGAGAUUCCAGCUCUUCUGGUCAAUUGCAAGUGUCAGGACCAGGUUCUUAGGGUGGCCGUGGACACAGGCACCCACUACAACCAGAUCUCCACUGGAUGCCUCACCCGCCUAGGGUUAGGGAACAGGGACCUGGCGCCUGGACUCCCACCCCAGGUGGAGCAGCUGGAGCUACAGCUAGGCCAGGAGACUGUGGCAUGUUCAGCCCAGGUGGUGGAUGUGGAGAGUCCUGAGUUCUGCCUCGGACUGCAGACUCUGCUUUCUCUCAAGUGCUGUAUCGACCUGGAACACCGAGUGCUGCGGCUGAAAGCCCCCUUCCCAGAGCUGCCCUUCCUGCCUUUGUACCCAGAGCCUGGCCAGUGACUGCCGGCCCCAUCAGUCCCCAGGGGGCAGUCCUGUGACUUAGGGAAGAGCCAUGUGGGUAUGGGGACAUUACUACAGCCAGGUAGCUGGGGAUCGCUUUGUCUGUGCCUUCUGUCACCACCCUGAUCCUGCUGUUCCAUUUCCCUGUCGGCCACAUCUUCUCUGCUUCUUGGCAACUUCCCUAUCCCCCAGGAGUUUUCCCAGAGAGGGGCCAGGAUCUCAGGGCUCUGGUUUCCCUGUUCUCUCUCAUUCCCCUCCAGAGAAAAGCAAAGCCAAACCAGGUCUGCAGAAAAUGACACAGCGUCCUGGCCAGUGUGGCUCGCUUGGUUGGGUGUCAUCCUGUGCACAGAGAGGUUGUCAGUUUGAUUGCCAGGCAGGGCAUACGCUCAGGUUGUGGGCUCGGUACCCCGAGAGGGACGUGCAGGAGAUGUCUCCCUCUCACAUCGAUGUUUCUCUCUUUCCCUUCCUCUCUCUCUAAAAAUCAAUUUACAAAUACCUUUUUAAAAGAUUAUACAAGGAAAAUGGGGUUACAGGCUAGGCCCUGGCAUGGUAGAAACUGGCCUCCACCUGUCCCCUGCCACCCCAAACCUCCUCGACUACCUUCACUCCCACAUCUCUCACCUCACUUUCUGGACUCAUUAUCUUUCAGGAUCAGAUGCCCCACCUCACCAACCAGCUCUCCAGCCCGGCUGGUGCUUACUGUUCUGAUUCUGCACAUGCCUGCUCACAGCUGAGUGGGGGUGGGGGAGACACUGAACAGAAUGAUUCAACACCCUAGGAAGGUGGCUUGGUAGAGGAAUGGCAGCUUACAAGGCUGGGAGCUCUGUUAGUUACCUUUUCUGAGCUUGCAAAUAUCUGAAGCAAGUUAUCAUUUGAUUACCCUGUGCAAAACCUUGGCUAUACCUCUACUAUUUCCUCCAGAUAUUUGUCCUUCUCCACUUGCUUUUCACCCACUGGGUCCCUGAACUUCAGGGGGUGUGUGCAAGAGCCCUGCAGAGAGCUGCCCCCAAAGGUGAACGGGAUGGAGGGGUUGUCAGUACUCAGACUUCACCUGACCAGUAGUCCUUCUUAUUUCUAGAACUAUCCACCUCAUUAGACCUUCUUCCUACCCCUCAUCUUGGGCUUCCUGAGCUAGACCUUGUCUUGUUUUGGAAUCAGUGGCUUUCUAUCCCCUAGCGGGCUCUAAGCCAAAGCAAAAGGACAAGGAGGCUCUUCCGGCUUCACUGUGGAGAAGAAUCCAAACCUUAAGAAGCUAGAUGCCCGAGUGUCUUUCUGGCUGGUUUGAGCCUCUGAAAUCAUGGGUGAGUGGUAGAGGAAGAGAAUGGUGUAACUAGCCUGACCUAGGGAACUGGGACCUUAGGCUGGAAACAAAAUCUUGAGCGUGGGGCAGGUUAGAGAAGAACCAGGAUGCAAGGAACUGCCCUGUGACACCCGGCCUUACCUUUCUCGGCUAAGUCCCCCGCCCUCACAGGGUGAGGAGAGUGGCUCACUAUCACAGUGUGAUAGGACCCUGGUCCCUCACUGCCUGGCUCCAUGGCCUCCGCUUUCCUGGUCUUACCCUGCUCCUUUCACUUCUGCCUCCUGCUGCUUCUGUAAUUGUAGACAGACUGCAGACCCCUAUGGCUGGCCCUCAGCUCAGCUGCCUCUCCAUUUGAAUAAA